CACCAAUUCGACUAAAAAUGGACGUGAGCUUGUGACACUUGUUGCUCUGUGUAUUCAAGUGUCAGGUUAAUUACAGCAGGUGGUUACGUACAAUAAUAAGCUUCGCCAUCUCUCUGUUUUCCACCAAACGAGCUUGUCAGGUUGCCAAUGGUGUGGUGUUCGUUUAAUUCAGGUCAACACGGUCUGAACUUGCGUGCGUGUUGUUGAUCGCCUCUUGUCGGUUUCCCAUCCCAUCUGGGAUUCGUCAUAAUGGGGGAAUUACUUGGUUCUGGGUCGUUUUUGCACCUGGGAGAUAUUGUUUCUCUGUUCGCUGAAGGCAGCGUCUCUGCCUUUCUCAGCACUCUUGGUCUGGUGGAUGACCGAUGUGUAGUGAACCCUGAAGCAGGAGACUUGACCAAUCCCCCGAAGAAAUUUAGAGAUUGCUUGUUCAAAAUAUGUCCCAUGAACCGCUACUCAUCACAGAAGCAAUUCUGGAAAGCAGCCAAACAAAGUUCGGCAGGUGGUGGAAGUGGAGAUGCCUCGCUUUUGAAAAGGCUCCACCACGCUGCUGAAAUUGAGAAGAAACAGAAUGAGACAGAAAACAAGAAAGUGAUGGGCAGUUUGGUUCGUUAUGGCAGUGUUGUCCAGCUGCUGCAUUUGAAAUCAAACAAGUUUCUGACUGUCAACAAACGCCUGCCCGCCUUAUUGGAGAAGAAUGCCAUGAGAGUGUCGCUGGAUCCGUCAGGAAAUGAGGGUUCCUGGUUCUACAUUUUGCCAUUUUACAAGUUACGCUCGACUGGAGACACGGUCGUCCUGGGUGAUAAAGUUAUUCUCAAUCCGGUCAACGGCGGAAGCCAAGUGCUACACGUUGCAGCCAAUCACGAACUGCCAGACAAUCCCGGCUGCAAGGAAGUCAACGUGGUCAAUUCCACGACGCCGUGGAAGAUUUCUUUGUUUAUGGAACACCGUGAAAAUCUCGACGAUGUCCUGAAAGGCGGUGACGUCGUCCGCCUCUUUCACGCCGAGCAGGAGAAAUUCUUGACGAUGGACGAGCACAAGAAGAAACAGCACGUCUUUCUGCGAACGACGGGUCGAGUUUCGGCGACAUCCGCCACGUCCAGCAAAGCCCUUUGGGAGGUGGAAGUUGUGCAACACGACCCGUGUCGUGGCGGCGCCGGCCAUUGGAAUUCCCUCUUCCGUUUCAAACAUUUGGCCACGGGUCAGUACUUGGCGGCCGAAGUGGAUGACGACACGGCGGUGGACGGAAUGAGGAGCAAAUUACGAGACUCGAACAACGGCCCAGUUUACCACCUUGUGCCUGUACCUCACGCCAACGAAAUUGCCUCCAUUUUCGAACUGGACCCGACGACUCUGACCCGGGCCGACUCGCUGGUACCGCAAUCAUCAUUUGUCCGUCUCAGGCACUUGUGCACCAAUACCUGGGUCCACAGUACGGCCAUUCCCAUCGACAAGGAUGAGGAGAAGCCCGUCAUGUCAAAAGUGGGCAGUGCCAUCAUCAAGGAAGACAAGGAAGCCUUUGCUUUGGUUCCAGUACCGGCCAUUGAAGUCCGUGACUUGGACUUUGCCAACGACGCCUGUAAAGUGUUGGUCGGGGUGUCUGCCCGUCUUGAGAAGGGAACCAUCUCGCAGAACGAGCGACGAUCCGUCACCAGUUUACUGCAGGACAUAAUCUACUUUAUCGCCAAUGGAGAAGCCGAUCAGAACAAAUCGGAUGCCCUGGAACUGCAAGUGACUGUCACCAAUCGCGACCGUCAAAAGUUGCUCAGAGAACAGUCCAUCUUGAAGCAACUGUUUAAGAUCUUGCAAACGCCAUUCCUGGAACCCAGCAAAGACGGUGAAGGUCCUUGGCUUCGACUAGACGAGCUUCAAGAUCCUAAAAACGCGCCCUACAAGUACAUCUUCCGUCUCUGCUACCGCAUCUUCCGGCUUAGUUUCCAGGAUUAUCGUAAAAACCAGGAAUACAUCGCCAAACACUUUGGUUUCAUGCAGAAGCAAAUCGGUUACGACAUUCUAGCCGAGGAUACCAUCACGGCUCUGCUUCACAACAACCGCAAGUUAUUAGAAAAGCACAUCACUGCGGCCGAGAUUGAAACUUUUGUCGGACUCGUCCGCAAAAACAUGCGCCAAUGGGAAUGGCGGUUCCUCGAUUAUCUGUCUGAUUUGUGCCUGUCAAACAAAGUGGCCAUUCCUGUCACUCAAGAGCUCAUAUGUAAAAGUGUACUGAGUCCGGAAAACGCCGACAUUCUGUUGGACACGAGGAUGUUGUUGACACCGCAGGAAAUGGAGAUGGAUCCAGACAGUUUCAAUUACGAAGACGACGAUGUCAUUCUCAUUUGGGGCCGUCACCAGACGACGAGAAAGUUGGCCGAUUUGGCCCUGAGAGCUCGAGGAGGCGGUGUAGAGGAGCAGGCCAUUCUGGACUACUACCGACACCAAUUGGAUUUGUUCAGCAACAUGUGCCUGGAUCGGCAAUAUCUGGCCAUCAAUCGACUCUCGGAGCAUCUCGGCAUCGACCUCAUUCUCAAAUCGAUGGCCGACGAAGCCUUGCCCUACGAAUUGCGAGCUUCGUUUUGUCGAUUGCUGCUCCACAUGCACGUUGACCGCGACCCGCAAGAGCCAGUCACGCCUGUCAAAUACGCCCGCCUGUGGUCCGAGAUCCCCAAACAACUUUCUAUCGAAGAUUACGACAACAAACUGCCAGAGCACGAGAACAAAGAGGCCGUUCACCAGAAAUUCAGCUCGACCAUGAUUUUCGUCGAAGAUUAUCUCUGCAAUUUGGUCCAUAAAGCCUGGAGUCUCCAGUGCAAGGAUCAAAACAAACUCACGUUCGAAGUGGUGAAAUUGGCGAGGGAACUCAUUUAUUUUGGAUUCUACAGUUUCAGCGACUUGUUGAGACUCACUCGCACUUUGCUCAACAUCCUGGACAGCGCGUCCAGCCCGGCCGAUGCCGAAUAUUUUCACAGAAAUAAUCAAGGACAGCAGCAACAAACUUCAAACAGCAAUAAUCAAGAACUGGAAGCUCCUGACGGAGGCGGUGUGUUGCGGUCGUUGAGUGACAUGGGCGCCGUCAUGACCAGUUUAGCCCUGGGAACGGCCGGAUUCGCCAAGUCUCCCAUGCCGCUCUCUUUGCGCAAGAAACAAGCCCAGGCCGCAUUGAAGAAGGAAGACCCACUGGUCAUGGAUACCAAACUGAAAAUCAUCGAAAUCCUCCAGUUCAUCAUGAACAUGCGACUGGACUAUCGAAUCAGCUGCUUGUUGUCCAUUUUCCGCAGGGAAUUUGACGAGUCCAGUCCAUCCGGUGGGACUAGCGGAAAUGAUACGCCAAAGUUAUUGGAGAAACGCAUCGAUUUAGAGUCCAUCAGUUUGAAAGCGGAGAGUAUCUUUGAUAAUCACCACACGAAAAUCAUAGGAGGAAUAGAAAAUGGAGAAGAUGAUGACGAUGAUGGAGCCAUCUGUGAUUUAGACUUGGACGGUCAAGGUGGCAAAACAUUUUUGCGCGUUCUACUUUUGCUGACGAUGCACGACUCGCCGCCACUCGUCUCUGGCGCACUCCGCCUACUCUUCCGCCAUUUUUCGCAGCGCCACGAAGUUCUCCAGGCGUUCAAACAAGUCCAGCUGCUCGUUUCAGACAGCGACGUCGAAUCCUACAAGCAAAUCAAAGCAGAUCUCGACGGCCUGCGUCUCUUGGUGGAGAAAUCUGAACUUUGGGUCUACAAGGCUAAAAUGGCUACGGCCGAGGACGAAGUCGGAAGUCCAGGUAUUAAUGGCGGAGGAGGGGAUGAAAAGACGGUUGCCAUCAAAAAGGAACCUUUAGACAUACUGGACGAAGAAGGGCAAGGCCAGCCGGACUCUUUACUUAUGUCCCUGGACAAUAACAACAGCAUCAUCCAGCAUCACCCAUUGCCUCCCAACAAGAAACCUGCGGUCAGGGGGCCGAUGCUCAGCUCUUCCGACAAACAAGGUUCGGCCAUCGACCUGGACAUUGGUCCUCCGCUGGAUGAAUCGCAGGCCAUCAACUACAAGCAAAUUCAGCAAAUUCUUGCCAGGAUGAACCGCCUUUGCGUUCAACCCAUUCUCUCCACGACGUCAUCUGUGGGCAGCGGAGGGGGGAGUAGUAGUGGCGGCAGCGUGAGUGGAUCAGGAAGCGGAUCGUUGGGUGGUGGUUUGAGGCCUCGCAAACACGAGCAACGGCUCCUGAGAAACAUGGGCGUUCACACGGUGGUGUUGGACCUGCUCCAAAUUCCCUACGACCGGAAGGAAGACGUGAGGAUGAACGAGCUGAUGCGCUUGGCUCACGAAUUCCUGCAAAACUUUUGCCGCGGGAAUCAACCCAAUCAAGCUCUUCUUCACAAACACCUGGAACUUUUUCUCACUCCUGGGUUGCUGGAAGCUCAAACGGUUUGUGCCAUCUUUCAAGACAAUGCCCAACUGUGCAGCGAACUGAGCGACAAAGUGGUCCAGCAUUUCGUUCACUGCAUCGAGACUCACGGCCGACACGUGGAAUAUCUCCAUUUUCUGCAAACGAUCGUGAAAGCGGAAGGACAAUUCAUCCGCAAGUGCCAAGACAUGGUCAUGCAAGAACUGGUUAACGUCGGGGAGGAUGUGCUCGUCUUUUACAACGACAAGGCUUCGUUCAACGCCUUUGUCGACAUGAUGAGGGCAGAACGGCACCGACUGGACGCCACUGACAGCAGCGGAGCUCUCAAGUACCACAUUGAACUGGUGCGUCUGCUAGCCCUUUGCACGAUGGGCAAGAACGUGUACACGGAAAUCAAGUGCCACAGUCUGUUGACGUUGGACGACAUCGUUGCCAUGGUGUCGCACAAAGAUUGUAUCCCCGAAGUCAAGGAAGUCUACAUCAACUUUCUGAAUCACUGCUACAUCGACACGGAAGUGGAGGUCAAAGAGAUCUACACCUCGUCGCACAUGUGGAGUCUGUUUGAACGCAGUUUCCUCGUCGACAUGGCCCGUUGCGCCUCGGCCACUCACGACCGGAAGCACGCAGACACAGCCCUGGAGCACUAUGUCACAUCAAGUGCCGUCAGCGUCGUGACCACUUUCUUCCGCAGUCCCUUCUCCGAUCAGAGCACGGCCGUCCAGACCCGACAGCCCGUUUUUGUCCAGUUGCUGCAAAUCGCCUUCCGGCUCUCUCAGUGCGCCUGGCUUAGUUCCUCGCAACGUCACAGUGUCGAAAGUUGCAUCCGCACACUGUCGGACAUGGCCCGUAGUCGCAGUAUCGCCAUUCCAUCCGACCUGGACAAUCAAGUGACUUCGCUCUUCAACAAACCAGCCCUACACUUGGGGGCCAGCAAGGCCAGCAAAAUAUUUCGAUCGUCGCGUCUUCAGUCGGCACAUCUCAGUCGGGAAUCUUCGCAGUCGCAGUUGAGCGUCCGCUUUGAUCGGACAAUUAUUGAGGGCCUGCAAGACAUUGUCGUCUUGUUAGAGGCUCAACUUCAUCCUUUGGUUCAAGCCGAGUCUUCCGUUAUCGUCGAUGUCCUUUACCGACCGGAAUACCUUUUCCAGCCUGGCACGGAAGCACGGAAAAAGUGUGACAAUGGCGGAUUCAUUCGCAGGUUGAUUAAACACACUGAACGAUUGCUGGAGGACAAGGAGGAAAAACUUUGCAUCCAAGUUCUCAACACCUUACGUCAGAUGAUGAAUUUCGAUGUUCACAAUGGCGAAAAGGGAGACGCAUUGAGGAAGAAUCUUUUAGUUCGCUACUUUGCCAAACCAGCUUCUCAUAGUUCUAAAAAGACCGAGCUCAAUGGCGGAAGCGGAAUCUCUACCGCUGGAAUUCAUUCAACAUUAUCCGGUGGUACUGGUGGAAGCGGUGUGGGACAAUCGUCAUCGCUGACAACCCACGGACCUGGAGGGCGUCUCCUGUCGCGAGGUGAAAUGUGUUUGCACGAGGUGCAAGUGUACCUGGACCGAGAAGGCGCCUCUGAUUUGGUGGCCGAAUUGGUCAUGAAGUCGUCGUUAUCGCCCAACGUUUUCAUGGAAGCGGUCCAGUUGGGCAUCGCCCUGUUGGAAGGCGGCAACCCCGUCAUCCAGCGGAGUCUCUACACGAAAUUGCAGUCGGCCGAGACGAGCGCCAUCUUCUUCAAGGUGUUCCACGACAAAGUCAGAGAGUCGCAAGCGGAAAUCCGGUCCACCAUGUCGGUCAACACGACCGAAAUGGCCUCGGCGGGUAACAACAAGCUACAGGACCAUUCUCAUGAAAUGAAGGAUCAUUUCCCGUACGACAUGAAGAUGAAACAUCAACGCAUGAUGUCCACAAGAGCAUCAAACGGUAACGUCACUGUAGGGGAGCGCAUGGAUCCUUACAGUGACUCGUGGAACAGCUCCAGGUUGGAUGAUUCGACUACAACGACGUUGAGUAGUGUCAACUCGACGCUGGAGGACUUGGUGAGACAACAACAACAACCCAAAUCGUUAACUACGGCAACUGAUUCGGACAUGGAGUCCAAGUUGUCGGCCAAGGUUCUGGUAAUGCUGCCCGUCUUCCGCUUCCUGCAGUUGCUGUGUGAGAAUCACAAUCGAGACCUGCAGAACUUUUUGCGGGCCCAGUCCAACAAAAACAGUUACAAUUUAGUGUCAGAGACACUCAUGUUCCUCGACUGUAUUUGCGGAUCGACGACGGGUGAAUUGGGUCUGCUCGGCCUCUACAUUAAUGAGCACAACGUCGCUCUCAUCAACCAAACCCUGGAAACAUUGACGGAAUAUUGCCAAGGGCCUUGUCACGAAAACCAAAACUGCAUCGCCACUCACGAGUCGAAUGGACUGGACAUCAUCACGGCUCUUCUUCUUACCGACAUCAAUCCAUUAGGACAACGGAGAAUGGAUCUUGUUUUGGAGUUGAAAAACAACGCCUCCAAGUUGUUGCUGGCCGUCAUGGAGAGUCGUGGCGACAGCGAGAACGCCGAAAGGAUCCUGUACAACAUGAAUCCUCGCCAAUUGGUGGACGUUGCCUGCAAAGCCUAUCACCAAAAGUUGGUCGGUGGAGAAGAGGCGGCCAGUCCCAAAGAAGUCGGCCACAACAUUUACAUUUUGUGCCACCAGUUGGCGCAACACAACAAAGAAUUGGCCGCCCUGAUGAAACCGCCGCCAGUGGACGGAGUCAGUGGUGAUGCGGCCCUGCAGUACUACGCCAAUCACACGGCGCAAAUCGAAAUUGUCCGUCACGACCGGACGAUGGAGCAGAUUGUCUUCCCCAUUCCGGAAAUGUGCGAGUAUUUGACCAACGACACGAAAGUGCGCGUCUUCCACACGGCGGAGCGCGACGACCAGGGAUCGAAAGUGGCCGCUUUCUUCGAAGGAGUCGACGACAUGUUUGACGAGAUGAAAUGGCAAAAGAAAUUGCGCGGACAGCCGUUCCUCUUUUGGGUCAGCUCGCACAUGUCCAUUUGGAGUCAAAUCCUCUUCAAUUUGGCCGUCAUUAUCAACUUGAUUGUCGCCUUCUUUUACCCGUUUGACACUGACGGACCGGCUCCUGAUCCUGGCACUCACCUCUCAGGUCUCAUCUGGGCCGUCAUGCUCCUAUCGGCCGCUGUGGCCAUCACGUUACCCAAACCGUCGGGUAUUAGGACUCUGGUCAUGACAGUCAUCCUCCGGCUUAUUUGCUCAGCCGGCCCUCAACCCACACUGAUGCUCCUAGGCACCGCCACGGUAGUGUUGAAGGGCGUCCAUUUGCUGAGCAUCAUGGGCAACGCCGGUACAUUCCAGCGGAGCGUCAGACAAAUCUGCACGGACACGGAGAUUGUCUACCACGUCGUUUACCUCAUUUUUUGCUUCCUCGGACUCAGCACCCAUCCGUUCUUCUUCUCCGUCCUUUUGUUUGACGUCGUCUACCGCGAGGAGACGCUGCUCAACGUCAUCCGCUCAGUGACGCGAAACGGCAGGUCCAUCGUUCUCACUGCCGUUUUGGCUCUCAUCCUAGUCUACAUGUUCUCCAUCAUUGGGUACAUUUUCUUCAAGGACGACUUUUUGGUCGAAGUGGAUGGCGACUCUGUUACAGGUGUCGUGCCGGGAUCCUGUUCAUCCGACGAUAUUAGAUGUUCCAGCGGUUCCACUAAUUCGUUCAUGAGCCAAAUGGAAGAUGCAGAGGGCAGUGGUGGUGGUGGUGAGAGUCGAGAAAGAGCCUGCGAUUCCCUUAUUAUGUGCAUCGUCACUACUCUUAACCAAGGCCUGCGUAACGGUGGAGGCAUCGGUGACAUUCUGCGCGCACCAUCCAGCAGGGAGCCAAUGUUUGGAGCUCGAGUGAUUUACGACAUGCUCUUCUUCUUCGUGGUCAUCAUUAUCGUCCUUAAUCUCAUUUUCGGUGUCAUUAUCGACACGUUCGCCGAUCUGAGGAGCGAGAAGCAACAAAAGGAGGAGAUUUUGAAGAACACGUGUUUCACCUGCGGCCUCGAUCGCUCCCAGUUCGACAAUAAGGCCGUCAGCUUCGAGGAUCACAUCCUCCACGAGCACAACAUGUGGCAUUAUCUUUAUUUUAUCGUCCUCGUACGGGUCAAAGAUCCCACCGAAUUCACUGGACCUGAAAGCUACGUCUACGCCAUGGUCAAAGACAAAAACUUGGAAUGGUUUCCACGAUUACGGGCCAUCUCUUUGGCAGCCGAGGGUGAAGAGUCCGAGCAAAACGAAAUUCGUUCACUUCAGGCUCAACUUGAAACGACUCAAUCUCUCGUGUCCACUUUGUCUCGUCAACUGGCCGAAUUAAGGGACCAGAUGACGGAACACCGGAAGCAGAAGCAACGAAUGGGAUUGCUCAAUUCAGCACCGGCGUAUUUCCACCACCUCAGCCAAUAAGGUCGACACUCGAACAGAUUUUUCCCGACACUUUUUCCCUAUCCAAACAAAACAUUCCCUAGCGCUUCCCUUCAUUUCCUACUAUCAACUGCCUUCUCUGCCACAACUGCGAUGUUAAUCCAUGAAACGACAAUAACGAGUCCCAAUCCGCACCAAUGUUAUCAAAUUAAGUUUUCUAUUGUUCUAAUUGUUCUAUUCUUUAUUCCCAGUGUCGUGCAACAACCAAUCUAUUCCAUGUUAAUUCAUCUGCUGCAAUGAAAUAUCUUAUGACAAUAUUGUUUACGAAUCUGUUUCUUAAAAAUUUGUUUAUUUUUUGGAUAAUUAACUAAAAUUCCCAUUCGAUAUUCAUUUGUUGAAGAACGGCAUCCUAAAUAUUGGUCCGUUCGUAAAAAUCGACCCAAUGAUGUUAUUCCAUUUUCUAUUUGUUUCAUAGUCUAUGAGAUAGACGAUAUAUUAUCGAUAAAUUCUGUUGUCCUUUUUUUUAAAAUAUCGGUCGUUUGCUAACGAAUUUGGGAGGUUCUGUCUGUUGGUAAUGUCGGCAUUACCAGUGUUGCUCUUUCCAGUUUCGCCUGAUUAUGCAUUCCACUUUCAUGCCAUGCCUUAAUUGCCAGCACUUGAGAAAUAAUUUCGAAUUGUCAUUUUCUAUCCCACACUGCUGCAAGGAAAAUACACAAAUUGACUUGUAAAAAAAAAUUUCUUAGUAUGCGACAAUAGAACUCCAAUAAAUUCUUUAAUUAUUUUCAUGA